GUUUGGGUUUAGAGGCAGGGCAGCAGUGCAUUGCAACCUCAUUCGAUGGGCGGAAAAGGCAUUGAGACCAGAUGUUGGGGGAGAUGCUAACAACCAGACUCGGGACCGGGAUCUGGUUCUCCAUGUCGGCGCCUACGUCACCGGGCCAAGAGCCGUCGUCAUCCACUCGCGACACAAAGAGUGAAGGAUGAGGCUUAGUCAGGGUGUCGCCAGGGGAUCCAUGAGGAUCUCCGGGCUGCACCCUGGGUCGCGCAGGGCACUUCUCAGCUGUGACAGGCGAUUUGCCUUUGAGUUGAGCACUGGGUUGGCACCGGCAUUGCUGGAAGGGAACUUGGCGCGUUGCAGCGCCAUCGCAGGCGGCGAUCCGGCGGUGACAGGUACAUGCGAUUCCCCGCUGGAGCAAUAGCGGGAUGCGUGGACGGGAAGUGCGCGACUCUAACAAGCCACAGACGGCGGCGAGGUAUCCCCCCAUCUCCCGCCGAACGUCCCGCCGGUUCCGUCGAGUCCUGGGGCUCUCCGAGACUUCAAAGGGGUCCAAGGGGUCCAACCUCCAAGUGCGCCGGAAGCCUCCAUCCCUCCACUGCUGAUUCAGUGGUUCAGUGCGUUAGCCCGCUGCAAACCCACUGGGCUUGACCCCUGGAAAGCCCGUAAAGGCGCAGGAACGGGAGCCAUGGUAUGAAACUGCGCUGCAUCACCAGCUACAAAGGACCAAGCACCGG